UCUAUUUUUUAUUUUUAGUGUGUAAAUAAAACAAUUGCAAAGAUCGCCUUAUGCGAGUUAAAAAUUGCAUAGGGGAAGUAGGAAUUACACAACAUGUCCCUGGCCUUUGACCUGGACAAGCCCAGUGGCAUUUCAGCUUAUCAAAGCCAGGACAGUAGCGAUAAGGAUAAACUGAUUACUCUACCAGCAGCAGCAACAACAACAAACCAGAGGCACAGCAUGAACAUCUCAUGGAUGCGACAAUGUCGGCUCUAUAAGUUUACAUUAUUAAUAUUGCUGCUUUUGGUGCUACUCCCGCUGCUUGCACAUCGCAAGUUGCUCAACGUUGAGCAGGAUGCACCGCCGACAGAUGUGCACCGCAGCAGACCUCUCCUCGAUGCCUAUGAGGAUUUCAGUGCCAUGCGCGCCAGCGAUUUAAAGAUGCGCAUCGAGGAGAUGCUCCGAAUUAAGAGCACUGUGUCCGUGGAGCUGCGGGAAUUGGAGUCGCGGCGACAAAAGCUCCAGUCGGAUAUAAGUCAAUAUAAUCAGAAGAUCGAGGAGUUGAAGCAGGAACUCUUGCGUGAACAGACUGAACUCGAGCGCCUAAAGAUCUCGGUGGAGCAGGCGCAGGUGGCGCAACGGGAGGCAGUGCAGCGCAAUACUCCAGAGCUGGCCCUGCCCCGCACCCUGUUGCCCAGCACUCUGCCCCGCAAGAUGAACGGCAUCAGCAGUGGAAUUGCAGCUGCCUGUGAAAUGCACAAUUGCUUUGAUCACUCGCGUUGCAGUCUCACCUCCGGAUUUCCAGUCUACCUAUAUGAUCCGGAUGUCUAUAGUGUGCAGCGUGCGGGCUACGAUAUCGAUGGUUUCCUCAAGACGACACUGAAACAGACGCUGGGCUACAAUGCACACGUUGUGAGAGAUCCCAAGCAAGCCUGCAUCUAUCUGGUUCUGGUGGGAGAGUCGCUGCUGGAGCAGGAUCUGCUACGGAACAAUCGGUAUGCGGCACAGGAGGCCGAGCAGCAGCAACAGCAGCAGCAGCGUUCGACGAUCUCUAAUGACGCCACAAACUCACCCAUCGAUAUACAAAAGCUGUACCAGUUGCCCCACUGGGGUGGCGAUGGAAGGAAUCAUGUCCUUCUCAAUCUGGCACGACGCGACUUGAACUCGGCAAGGACCAAUCCUCUGCUGCAGCUGAAUACGAUGCGUGCCAUCAUCGUGCAGAGCUCCUUCGAGCGGGAACAGUUUCGGCCAGGUUAUGACCUCAUUGUGCCGCCCAUUCUGGGCCCACCUGGCGGAGAUGUGUGGCAGGAGUGUGCCAGCAUGGUGCCAGCUCGUCGCAAGUAUUUGCUAUCAUUCCAGGGCGAGUUGCGUCCCGCAUUGGCCACGCAGACAGCUGGCCAUGCAUUGGAUGACUUCAUAUUAGAGCACCUCAAGGAUAUGUCGCGUAGUGCCACACAGGAUCAGUUUAUGCUGCAAUUCCAAUGUGUGCCCGCCACUGAAGUGCAGGAGGCAGACACCCAGCCCGACUGGACACUCUGUGGCUCGGACUCCUCGCGCAAACAGCUGCUCAAGGACUCCACGUAUGCGUUGAUCCUACCUCCGUUGGGCCAACGGGUCAGUUCCACGCUGAUGCUGGCCCGCCUCUACGAAGCAUUGCGCUCUGGCGCCGUGCCCGUCAUCCUGGGAGCUGAUGAGCUGCGUCUGCCGUACGCCGAGACUCUGGACUGGCGCCGUGCAGCUCUCCUGUUGCCCAAGGCACGGAUUACGGAAUUGCAUUUCCUUUUGCGUGCUGUGCAGGAUGCGGACUUGCUGCUCCUGCGUCGUCAGGGGCGUCUCAUUUGGGAGCGUUAUCUCAGCUCGGUACAGGCAACGGUGGACACAGUGAUAGCCAGCAUGCGGGAUCGACUGGGUAUACCGCCACGUCCAGUUCCUUCAGUGGUUGCCCAGAGUGUGUUUAACAACACCUUUAUACCGUUAAAGUCGGAGCCGCCCGUGGGCAUGGACACGGAGCCGGAGGAGUCACUGGGUCCCAUUGAGCCACCCUAUCCGAGUCCAGCUUUUCGCAGGAACUAUACAAUACUACGCAUGCACUCGAAGGAAGCUUGGAACGACUGGAUGGAUCCGUUCUUUCUGUAUCCACAGCUUCCCUUCGAUCCGGCGCUACCUUCGGAAGCCAAGUUCAUGGGUUCCCACACGGGAUUCCGGCCAAUUGGCAAGGGUAUCGGCGGAGCUGGCAAGGAAUUCAGUGAGGCUCUGGGCGGCAAUUAUCCGCGCGAACAGUUCACCAUUGUGAUACUCACCUAUGAGCGCGAACAGGUGCUCAUGGACUCGCUGGGCCGCCUCUAUGGACUACCUUAUCUGCAUAAGGUGGUCGUCGUGUGGAACUCACCGAAGCCACCGCUGGACGACUUGCGCUGGCCAGACAUUGGAGUGCCCGUAGCCGUGGUUCGAGCACCACGCAAUUCCCUCAACAAUCGCUUCCUGCCCUUCGAUGUCAUCGAGACGGAGGCAGUGCUCUCAGUGGAUGACGAUGCUCAUUUGCGGCACGACGAGAUUCUGUUUGGUUUUCGUGUGUGGCGAGAACAUCGGGACCGCAUCGUGGGAUUCCCGGGUCGUUACCAUGCCUGGGAUCUGAGCAGCAACAACAUGUGGCACUACAACUCCAACUACAGCUGUGAACUGAGCAUGGUGCUCACUGGAGCCGCCUUCCUCCACAAAUACUAUAUGUAUCUGUACAGCUAUCACCUGCCGCAGGCCAUACGUGACAAGGUGGAUGAGUAUAUGAACUGCGAGGAUAUCGCUAUGAAUUUCCUCGUCUCACACCUGACGCGACGACCACCCGUCAAGGUCACCUCCCGUUGGACCUUCCGCUGUCCUGGCUGUCCGGUGUCGCUCAGCGAGGACGACACGCACUUCCAGGAGCGGCACAAGUGCAUCAAUUUCUUCAGCCAGGUCUUUGGCUAUACGCCGCUGCUCAACACACAAUAUCGCGCCGAUUCCAUUCUCUUCAAGACCCGCAUUCCGCACGACAAACAAAAGUGCUUCAAGUACAUUUAGUUUGUCCAGACUCCUUCACAUAUCAUCCAGCGGACGUACUUAGAUGGAAUCUGACUCUUAUACGUAAGGAGAUCCUCUUAAUCGGAUCGGGACUCUUUCAUAGUCCCAUGUACAUAACCGAAACAAGGCCAUUUAUUCUACUAACGACGAGUCCCUCCCAAUCUCGGGCUGGGAUACAGUUUGACUCUACCAAUUGCAAUCGAUUAAAUAUAGUAUAAGUAUAUGUAUGUGACUAUAAAUGUUAAAUGUAUGCAUGUUUUGGGAUUAAUCUUGUUCUCAGCUGCUAAGCAAUCGCAAUAUUGCAUCUACAGUCAUGGCUCGCUAAUUAGAAACGAAAUGUAAAAGUUCAAUUUGAAAGUGUUUUGAAAUAUCUUUUACAAGUGCACUAAAUUACGAAAAUUCUUUAGAUUUUAUUUAAUAAUUGUGUUUCUGAUUUGCGAGUGAACACAGUACUUAGAAUAUAUAAAUAUUUUUAAGUAAAUGCUUCGGCUUGUCGAAGAAAAAUUUUAAGUUACCCAAUGAGUUUGUAAGACUUUCAAUACGUUAAGUUCUGUCCAAAAUUCAGCAGCUGACUUUGUAUAUAAAUUAUAUAUAUAAUAUCGAAUUUGACAUUUUGAACUAUUUUUCUUGUACGCUUUAGAACUAAAUUAAUAUUAAUUCCGAAUAGCAAACACAGACUAGAUAAAUAUAUAUAAAUCAAUACCUAUUA